UUGACACAUAUGUCACUGUUUGCUAUUGUGAACUUUGAUUGUUAUCAUUUCAUAAUAUUUAUUGAUAGUUUUUUAUAGAAAAGCAUAUAGAUUGUUUUAAAUUAAACAACUACAUAUGUUAUAAUAUGGGGCCUAAAAAACCUGGCAAAGAUACAGAGGAUGAAUAUCUCUGGCGCACCUGCAUUGAAGAAGCCGCAUUAGAUGAUGAUACAUGGAAAGUUAAAGUAAUUUUAUUUGAGGCAGCUGGAAGUGACCAAGAUAGACUAUAUUUAAAUAAAUUUGAGGUAUAUGCAGCGGAAGAAAGACGAUUUGUUAUAAAAAAUAUCUGCAAAACUGAAACGAUAUUUAUGGUUAAUCAAUUAGGUGGGGAAAAAAAAAUUAAGGAUGAGAAUCUUAGAGUAUUCGAAGAAGGCCAGUCUUAUUUAAAAGAAAAACGUGAUAUUCCGGCGGAUAUUUUAGCUUUAAUAAUAAAAAAAUUGAUAUUGAAAAUGAAAGAUGAAUACCUUUUUAUUAAACGCCAGAAGCUUGAAGUCAGAGAAGGUAUUCGGCGUGAGUCUAACACUAUGAUUAACAAGGCAGAGGUUCGAGGAACUGUUAUUGUUAAAUUACCCGAAAAAGUUGAACCGCCCACGGAAGUCCCGAAAGGUAAAGGUAAAAAGGGAGACCAGGAAUUUCCAGAGCUUCCAGAAACAGAUGAAGAUAAAAAGUACAACACGCAACUUCGAGUAAGAGGUGAAGAGUGGAGAGACAAAGUAUACGUAGACGAUUUCCCUAUAGAUGGACCUAACAUUUAUGUUGCUGUCACAGGAUUUGUUGAACCAUACCUUGCUGAAAGUCUUAUAAAAAUAGGAAUUCCUUUGACAGCCGUAGUACAAAUCCGAAUUAACCCGGCCGAGAUUAGAAUACCGUCGAGUUUAUUUCGAGCAACGAAACGUGGCCAAAGUCAAACGGAUCUUAUAAUGGAACAGUCUUUAAAGUUUUGGGAAGAUUUGCAGCAAUUAAGAAUACAAAAACAAUCAGCCGAUUAUUUUAAAGGUACUGCUUUUUUAGUGUAUUCUCCUCCUUACUGGCAGAAUGAAAACUUAUCGGGUGAGUCUGAAAAAAUUUAUGAUGAACUAUGUUAUCUCAUGUACGAUGUUCAAGAUUUGACAAGGCAACAUAUUCAUUAUUUAGAAAAUGUAGAUAUUGUAAAUGUACCAGAAGAUGAAAGUGACGAAAAGUUUAAUACCUUUUAUUGCCGGCUUAUUCAAGAUAUUCCUUUAGAGUGCAUGACCAUUUAUUCUAUUUUAGAUAGCAUUUUACAAACGGUUUCUAAAAAUGACUAUUAUGGCGAAACUACAAGUCAAACUUCACUAUCUACAGCUGUAACUAUAAACCAACCUCGUCAAAAUUCAAAAAAUGACGACAAGGCGGAUAAAGCGGAACAUUUAGUAAAAGGUGUGUUUAAUGCAUUGUGCAGCACUGAUGUAAGGACAAAAUCAUAUCGUAUUAGUUACGGUGAAGAAUACGAAAACCAUAAAAAUCCUUUAAUUAUAAAUUUUGGGGAUGUAGUUAAAUAUAAUACUUUUCAUCUAGGAAAUUUAAAUCUAGAUAAUUUGGUAAAAUGUAUGUUAUUCGGGAUGCCUACAAAUAAUUUAUGGUUUAAUUAUGAUUACCCUAGAGGCGAGUUGGAAGCAAAAAUUCAAUUUCAUAUUAAUAUUCUUCUAUCGUGUUUUGACAGAACUGAUGUAGAAACUACAGAAUUGAAUAGACUUUUGCAUAUUUUAGCUUGCCGUAAAUUAUACAAUAAUAGAAGUUCUUUAAAAAAGCGCCAUUUACCAAUAAGUACACUAACUGAGUUUAAGAAGACAUAUCUGAAACGUAGUAUUCUUGCCGAACCACUUCCAAAAUGUUCUUCUGUGUGCCGUGUAUGGAGUUCGACGUCUCCGUCGUUUCCUUCAAUGCUUAAGAGUAAUGAAGACAACGUGGGGUCUCCUAACAGUGAUGAAGAAACAUAUCGAAUGAAAUUUCUUUUUGAAUGUCCUGAUAUAAGCGAGCUGGUUUCGGCAGCUGAAAUAGCUAAUCGUACACCUGUUGCUCACAUUAUUGAUGAUUUUGAAUAUUUCGAAGAUUUUAGUGGGUCUUGUGCUUUUCAAACAAUGACCGAAGCCUUUUAUAAAUAUAACUGCUUAGACUACAAGUAUUGUGAAGUAACGGACUGCCUUAUUAUGAUGUUUUUUAAUAGUCAUGAUUCCGAUGGUAUAUCUAUCGAAGAGUGGCAUUGUCAUUUGCCGACUCCAUUAUGUUUACAAGACUUUUUUGACUUUGUUCUUGGGGAACAAUACGAUUGGAUACAAAAGGAAGAAAAAAUCUACGAUGAAGAAAUGGCUUUAAAGUCAGAGUCAGAAUGUAAAGUGCUAACUGGUGAAGUAACUGCGAAAUCUUGUGUUGAAAAUUCCGAUAUUCAAAUGGAACUUCUUAUAGAGGGAUCUUUAAAACACAAAGAAUUGAUUGAAGCUGAAAAUGAGGAGCCAGAAGAUUCUGAAAUCCCGGUAUCGGAAUUUAAAAAGUCUACUAAAUCUCCUUCAGAGUCGGAAAUGGAAUCUAAAAGUAGUAAAAAAGCUAAGUCACCAACAACUUCAACGCCAAAACCUCUAAAAAGCUUACAAACUACUGAAUCUGCCAUGAUUGUAGAGACUCCUAAAAAACCGUUUUCUGGUUAUGAUUUGGGUGAUAGAAGAGUUGAAGUGUUUGGAAAAGAUUCAAUAUAUUUUUCCCAAGACGGAACUCGAGUUACAAGCGCAUAUUCAUUGAUGAUACCAAAUAACCUAGAAUAUAUAAGCUUAAAUAUAAUUCCGGGUAAUCGUGAUAACACAUUUUGGCUGCAUAAGGCUCUGGGAGAUUCUCUAAAACCUGAAACAGUUGAUACUUGCGAAUCUUUUAGAAUUAUUACUAAAAACAAUGUAAUUAUUUAUGUUAAAAAACAAACUUAUGAAGUACCGUUACCUACAUUGGCAAAUGUUUCUCUGGAAAAUGCUAAGCAGAAAGAAAGCACCGUCAAGUCACCAAACUUAUCAUCCAAACUUAGCAAUACUAUUCCUCAGUUAUUUGAAACUAUUUCUUUCUACUCGUUACUUGUCACAUGGCCUAAUGGCCUUGUCACGGAAACUAUUCAUGAACAUAACUCUCACCAAAUAUCUCAUAUUAAACAAUAUAAUAUAGCCACAAUAUCAAACUUAAGUGAAGAAAUGCGGUGUAUAAGUUUAAAUGGCGAAGUAAUUGUAUUUAAAAUAGAGGGUGACAUUGAAAUAUUACGUCCAGAUGGAUCAUAUAUACUCAUUACAAACUGUGAAAAACGCCGCAUCUGCAAUGAUUUAGAUGAAACCAUUAGUGAAAUUAGCUCUGAAAAAAAUAAAAAAGGCAAAGUUAAAGGUAAAGAAAAACUAAGUAAAGCAUCUUCAAAGUCGUCCAAAAAUGUAAUUAUAGAUGAAGAUGUAUCAGAGAUUAAGCCACCUGAAUAUGAAUUAGUAAUUGAAGAAUUUAUAACAAUUGACACAAGUGGCUUAAAAGAGAAAUGGAUUAAUGAUAAUUCAUUCUUUAUGGAAAAAUUACUUGUUAGAACCGCAACAGAUUAUUGUCUGGGUGAAGUAUUUUCAAGAAGAAUGGAUGGUACUCACAUUCUUUUGAAUAAAGAAGGCUUACAAAGUGUUACUUUCUCUAAUGGUACUCGUAUAAUAUCCCAAUAUUUUAUUGAAGAUGAAGAGGUAUACACAGAGUGGAAUGAAGAAGAAUUACUGUAUUUUUCUUUGAUUGAUUCUGAUACCGGAGAAAAUGAAACAUUAAAGUCCGAGUCGCAAAAAAGUGUUGAUUUGGAAGAAGCUGAUAAUAGUAGCAGUUACGUCAGUGAAUCUUCAAAGAAAAUUGAAGAAGAGUUUACCAACACGCCCCGCACAGAUGGAUUUAUAUCCGUACAAAUUUUAUAUACAAUAGAGCAUCCCAAUUUCACUACAGUGACCAUAAACAAAUCAAGUGGAAAUGUAACAAUAGACUCCCCUAACGAAACAAGCGUUACAAUAAAUAACAAAAACAAUUUUAAUUUUUUUUUGGAUAAAGUCACAACCGCGUGUUUUAAUGGAGAAAAUCUUGAUAUAACUUACGAGGCCUGCUCAGGCUGUCAAUCCAAAACUAAAUGCACGGCUAAAAUCAAGGCUGAGGAAAUGUCCAGUGUCACUCAAGUCCAACGAAGCUGGUUAAAAAUGGAAGAUUCAUUUGGAAAAAAAAUUGUUGUCAACGAUGAAGGAAGCAUAUCAGUGAGCUGCGAAGCGGUUUCUGAAGAAUUUUUUGUCGUUGACGAAACCUGUCAAAACGAGGAAUCUGUUCAAGCUGGUAAAAAACCAUCACUUAAUAAAUCUGCAAGCACAACAUCAAAACACGGUAAAUGUAGAGAGAUGUACCAAGCGAAAAAUAUGAGAUACUUUAUAUUGAAGCGGUAA